AUGGAGGGAGAAGAAGGCAGCCAGCAGCCGCAGCUUGUGCUCGCGCACAAGCUUUUCCUCCUCACGCAUCCCGACGUAGAGGACAUCGACAAGGUCCGGCUGCGCGAUGAAAUCUACGCUGUCGUCAAGGCCGACGACAUGGCGUCUCUAUACGAUUCGCUCGCCGUUGCUUCCGAGCUCGAGAUGGACGAAACUUUACUCGAUUCCAUGCGUAAGAGGAUCGAAGAGGAGAUCAAGAAGCUGGACGACAAAAUUGCGGAUGCCGAGGAAAAUCUAGGUGAAAGUGAAGUUCGUGAGGCUCACCUUGCGAAAUCGUUGUAUUUCAUUCGAAUUGGUGACAAGGAGAAAGCGCUUGAGCAACUUAAAGUAACAGAAAGCAAAACAGUUGCAGUUGGCCAGAAGAUGGAUUUGGUGUUCUACACACUGCAGAUUGGUUUUUUCCACAUGGACUUUGAUUUAAUUUCCAGAUCACUUGACAAAGCUAAGAAUUUAUUUGAGGAGGGAGGUGACUGGGAGAGGAAAAACCGUUUGAAAGUAUACGAUGGCCUAUAUUGUAUGUCCACCAGGAAUUUUAAAAGAGCAGCCAAUUUAUUUUUAGACUCCAUAUCAACAUUUACGACUUAUGAGCUGUUUCCUUAUGACACUUUCAUCUUCUAUACCGUUCUUACAAGCAUUAUAUCACUCGACAGAGUAUCACUUAAAGAAAAGGUUGUGGAUGCCCCGGAAAUCCUUGCAGUGAUUGGCAAGAUUCCUCAUCUAACAGAAUUCCUAAAUUCUCUCCAUGAAUGCCAGUACAAAUCAUUCUUUAUUGCUUUCUCUGGCUUGACCGAGCAGAUAAAGCUAGAUCGCUAUCUCCAACCACAUUUUAGGUAUUACAUGAGGGAGGUCCGGACCGUCGUGUAUUCUCAAUUUCUCGAAUCCUACAAGAGUGUAACCAUGGAAGCAAUGGCAUCCGCAUUUGGGGUUUCUGUAGACUUCAUUGAUCUUGAGUUAUCUCGCUUCAUAGCGGCUGGGAAGCUUCACUGUAAGAUUGAUAAGGUUGCAGGAGUUCUGGAGACCAACAGACCUGAUGCGAAGAAUGCUCUGUAUCAAGCAACUAUCAAGCAAGGGGAUUUCUUAUUGAACCGGAUCCAAAAACUUUCUCGUGUGAUUGAUUUGUAAACCUCUGAUUGCUCUCCCCCUUUCUAUGCGAUUGAUUGAGAACACAUCAAACUUGAAUUUUUUCUUCUGUUUUUGUAGUUUUCUUUUUCUGGGAACUAUUUCAGUAUUCGUCCAGCGACUUCAACUUGUUUUUGCUAUUGAAGAUUUGGCCUUCUCGUCUUCUUAAAA